AUGGAGGCGGAUGACAUCGGCAUGCUGCUCAGCGAGGACAGAGCUGCGUCGUCAAAGCGCAUUCAUGGACUGCAUUCAAGGCUCCGAAUGGGUUGCGUGGGUGUGUCACCACUCAAGAUCACCCAAAAGGGCAGCAUCUUCCCCGAUAAUCAAUUCUUCUCACGCUCUCACUUGUCUGAGCCCACCGAAGCACCAUCCGCACAGGUACAGACUCAGACCGCGAUCUCCGAUUCAGUUGGCCUGCUAGUUGAUGUGAUCGCGCAGAAGACCGGCAUCUAUGCUGCAUCGGGUGAACACUCGCAUCUGCUUCGGUCGUCUGCUUUCGCCAUCGGUCCCAGCUCGACCGAUCAGCAGAGUGAACACACCCCGCAUUCUUCAGUCGGCCAUUCGCUGCCAAGUGACGCCCAACACAACAUCUACCUCGAUCAGGCCGAGCAGGCUCGAAUUGGCGGCAAGAUCGGACGUGCCUCGGCAAUUGUGCCGAGCCAUCUCGAGAGCUAUUCUCCUGAAAGAACCGACCAGUCUUUGCGCGCCAAGCCGGCAAGGACGGCCACGGAUGCAGCGGAUGCAUCGGCCAUCAUCGGCUCGCUCUGCUUCGGUGUCGGCGGCCGAGGUGGCUGA